CAGUCUUAGUGUAACAGUGAGUGAUCUACAUUCAGGGAUAGUUAACGGUGUGCCCAGAAGGAGACAGAGCUGUGUAUUACAGCAGAAUGCACUGGGUUCUUGUUACUCACGUCUCAUUGAUCGUGUGCUCAACAUAUGCUGCUUGUUCUCCCGGGUCUGACCCACUUCCUGGAGUGGUGAAGUAUGAAAUAGUGAAACCUCGAUUUGUGGACAGCAUCCUGACGAAAAGGGACCUGUCCCCAUCAGAGAUUAUCCAUCCUGAAAAAGUGACUUAUUCUGUAAAUCUGGAAGGAAAAGAAGUCUAUGUUCAUCUUGAGAAGAAUGGGGGUCUUCUGGUCGAUUAUUAUUCUGAAACACAUUACUUGGAAAAUGGAACUGAAGUGGUAGCCACGCCACAAUCUCUGGAUCAUUGUAAUUAUCAUGGUGUUAUUGAAGGCAUCAAUGAUUCCUCUGUCAGUAUCAGCACCUGUACUGGACUCAGGGGUGCGCUCAUGGCUGGGAGUAAUGUCUACCUCAUUGAACCUUUGGAAAGAACUCCAACUGGGCAACAUGCUUUGUACAGACAAGAGCAUCUGAGAGUGAAACGGGGAUCAUGCAGUACACGCAACUUGACACUUUAUGACCAUGGACCUAAAAUGGCAGCACUUUACCAACCUCUUGGCAGGAGAUCUGCAAAGGCUUCACAAAGCACCCGAUAUGUGGAACUUUACUUAGUUGUUGACAAUGCUGAGUAUAAAAAAUUCAGAGACCUCCUCACAAUUCGACAGCGUAUGAUGGAAGUAGUGAAUCAUGUAGACAAGUUGUACAGAUCAUUGAAUAUUCGUGUAGCACUGGUCGGAAUGGAAGUGUGGACCUAUUCAGACAAAAUUGCUGUCAGCUCAAAUCCUGAUAUCACUCUUGACAACUUUCUCAAAUGGCGUAGGAAGGAGCUCCUGUUAAAGAAGAGGCAUGAUAAUGCACAGUUUGUCACUGGAAAAGGUUUUGAAGGAACAACUGUUGGAUUGGCAACAAAAUCUGCUAUGUGCACCUCUCUGUCUGGUGGAGUAAAUGAGGACCACAGUUCAAACCCAUUAGGCUUGGCGUCCACAAUUGCACAUGAGAUGGGUCACAAUUUCGGCAUGUCUCACGAUGAAGACCACACAUCAUAUUGUCGUUGCUCUGGCUCAAGGGAAAGCAAUGGUGGCUGUAUCAUGGCAGAGAAAACCGGGCCAGUGUUGCCUGAAAGCUUCAGCAGUUGCAGCCAUCAGGAGCUGCAGCACUUCUUGGCAACUAGGAUGACAGACUGCCUUUUGAACAGUCCCAGAGCAGAUGAAUUGUAUGGAAAUCCAGCAUGUGGGAACCAGUUCCUUGAGCAUGGAGAGGAAUGUGACUGUGGUACUGUUGAGGAAUGCACCAAUCCUUGUUGUAAUGCUACAACCUGCAAAUUCAAGGAGGGAGCGGAGUGUGCUGCUGGAGCUUGCUGCCAGAAUUGCAAGAUUAAAUCAGCAGGACAAUUAUGUAGGGCCGCACAAAAUGAUUGCGAUCUACCUGACUACUGCAAUGGUGAGAGUGCUGAAUGUUCAGAAGAUGCCUUCAAAAUGAAUGGUUCUCCCUGCAGCAAUGGAAACGGUUACUGCUACAAUGGACAAUGCCCUACUCAUCAGCAGCAUUGCAUUACUCUAUGGGGAACAGGUGCUAUGGUGGCACAUGAUGACUGCUUUCAACAGAAUAUGAGAGGAGACAAAUACGUUCAUUGCAAAGCAUUUAGAAAUGGUUAUGAAGCUUGCCGGAGCAAGGAUGUUAAAUGUGGUAAAAUACACUGCGUUGGAGGAAACAAAUUUCCAAUCACUCAAGCAAUGUAUGAAGUAAAACUACCCCGGAACAAAUUGUGCAGGAUUGCAACAUUAAAUGAAAAGAGUGAUUCAAAGACUGAUCCUGGGCUGGUCCCUUUAGGAACAAAAUGUGGAGAUGGGAUGGUUUGCUACCAUGGUAUUUGCCAGAGCGUUGUACUUUAUGGAUCAAGAAACUGUUCUGGAAAAUGUAAUAAUCAUGGGGUUUGUAAUCACAAGAGAGAAUGUCACUGUGAUCCAGGUUGGGCACCACCGUAUUGUCUUACACGAAAUAGUAGCUUAUCUACAGGAAAUGCUGCCACAAUCAUCAUUCUCUCUGUGCUCCUCCCCUUCAUCAUUUUACUUAUCCUAAUAAGUGGUGCACUUCUAUAUUAUAAAAAAUGUUUGAUGAACCAUACAAGCAAAAUCUCAUGUGGUUUGUCAAAUCCAACAUUUGAACGAAAAGACCGAACCAAAUCGAAAGCCACGUAUCCUAGCAACAGAAGUCCACGUAUAAAACAUUCAUUACUUGUUGCCUCAAGCAAUGAUCAGCGACCGCAGAUUACGGUGAUACCCAAACGCCCACCACCUCAGCCCCCAAAACCAGCUCCUCUUAAGAGUUUUCCUACAACUGUUACAGCAAAACCUAUGCAGCAAAAAGUUGAAAAACUACAUGCACCACCUCCAGUCCCACCGUCCAAACAAUAUUCACCUAAACGUGCACCGGUUGUGAAACCUACUAUUCAGCCUCCAUUACCACCUGUCAAACCAUGCUUUCCAGCUGCAUCUUCCAAACACAUCCAGGUUGGUUACAAGCCAAAAGUUGCUUUAAGGCCACCAAAUCAGCCCAGAUGAAGAGGAAAUAUGUCACAACAUCAUUGUAUUUCAGACGCACAGCUAUGGAGCUGGUAGACUCGUUGUCUUUUUCUGUCAUGUCAGGAAGAGGAUAAAGCGUUAUCUUUGUUUCCUUGUCAUACAAGUUUGUACACUUUGGAAAAGAAAAUUUAAACAGUACAAGAUGGUUAGGUUCAAAAAGCAAAAAACUGAACAUCUCCAAUAAUGGUGCUUUCACGGUACUGUUGCCUUGAUAUUAUUAAAGAUACUUUUUUUUAUUUUAAUUAUGUAAAUUAAAAUAAUUCUCCUGCAAACUGUGAUGAGAUACAAUUUGUGAAGUAAUCCUUCUAUUUAGAAAGAAGCGAUUUUUGAAGAGAGGAAAUCCAGUAAAAUAUUACAUUUGCCUGCUUGAUUUGGUCUCUUACAAUGUUCUAUGCAUGGAUGUGAAUCAGCAGGAUCAUUUUCUAGCCCCAUUCCAGUAUUUGUGAAGAAACAACUUUGCACUUCAUUGUCCAGUUGAAGUAUUUAGUCUGAUUUGAUCAAAAUAAGGAUUUUUACAAAUUUUGUUUCAAUUUUUUUGGAGGUUUGCCUAAAUUAGUUGGUUCAAAUGGAAAACAAAGUCUAGUAUAGACUUAAUUAGACAAGUUGCCUAUACUAUACCAUAUUAAGAUUUGAUGAAAUUGGUCUCUAAUAUAAAAGCUAUAUGUCAUGGAUAACCUUUCCUCAAAAAGCUGAGGACAGAAUCAACAGGACACUCUGGUGAAAGGUCACUUACCCUAAACGUUAACUUUGUUACACUCUGCCCAAAAGCUGCCAAAUCCAAUGAAUUUAUCCAGCAUUUUGUCGUUAUUACAAAUCUCUUUUCUGUCCAGCAAUAAAUUGUUUCAUUUAGAACAAUUGGGAAUCGGCCUAAGUUGAGCUUCAUGUUGGAACUCUUUUGUCUGCAUGUCAUGUGACCUUGCCCAUGAUUGAACAAUCCUCCCAGUGCUGGUUGAUUUAUCCUUUGGUAUACCAUGUUCUCCUCUCAAUAAUAUUGUACCAUUUCAUUUAUGCAAGUUUACAAUUAAGGACAAAGUACUUAUUUUAUUUAUAAAGAUGAAUUAGCAUUCAUUGCACAGUCCUCUUUGGUACAUUUGCAGGGAUUUAAUUACUGACAUUGGAAAUAUAGCUGUAAGCCUACAGGUGACCCAAAUAACCAAUCUUAAAUAAGCAAAUCCCAAUCAGUAUAGAUUUGGGUAAAAACAAAUAAACAACAGAAAAUGCUGGGGAAACGCAGCUGAUCUGGUGAAGGGUCACUGGGCUCAACGUUAAC